AUAAUAAAAUAAUAAUAUUGUGAUAUUUUGAGUGACAAUACAAUCUAAGGAGUUGGACAAAGAGAAUGCUUACUCCUCUAUUGGGAAUCUCAGUCACCUCAACUGCCAUAAACAGCUUCAAAAUCCAGCAAUUCAGUCUCAAGAAACCAACUUCUUUUCCAUCUCAUCAUGUUUCACCUUUUUCUCCCUCCAAAUCAGGAUUAUGCAGGGCAAGUGAAGUUGUUGAUCUGUUCCCAGCAUUGUGUUCUCAAGUUAGAAUCCGGGAGGCGAGGUUGGUGGACUAUUGGGAAGUGGCAGAGACUCAUUGCAGCUGCUUCUUCCCUGAAUAUUCCUUCCCUUUGGAUUUUCUGCUGAGGAUUGAUAGAUUGCUGCUGGCCAUGUUAGCAGCCAUGUUAACGGCCUUGUCUAGGCCAAGAGCUUGCAAAAGAAUCUGUUUGGUUGCUGAUAUUGGUAGUGGCAGCUCACAUCAUCAAACUCUUUCUUCAUUUCCAAGCAUCCUCAACAAGGGAUAUGUUGCAGGUAUAUUAACACUAGACAAUUUCGCAGACUAUCUACCACGAAAGGGGCCGCGCCGCCGGAGAAGGACUGGAAUUGCAUAUAUAUCAAAUGUGGCAGUAAGGGAGAACUUCAGAGGGAAAGGAAUAGCUAAGAAAUUGAUUGGAAAGGCAGAAUCAAUGGCCAGAAGUUGGGGGUGCCGUGCAAUUGCAUUGCACUGUGAUUUGAACAAUUCUAUGGCCACAAAGUUAUAUAAAGGCCAAGGCUAUAAAUGUGUCAAAGUUCCAAAAGGAGCAAAGUGGCCUCAGCCAAGGUCCUCUCCUGAUAUCACCUUCAACUUCAUGAUGAAGCUUCUCAACAACUCAGCUGCUUCUGAUUAAUUACAUUAUCUUGGAGGAAUCAUAUUUAUUCCAUUGCAUAUUAUUUUAGCAGGAGAUAUUGGAAUGUAAAUAUGCAAAGGCAAGGAUUUAUAUGCAAAAUCAGUUGCAGCAUUGUAGAUUGCACACAUUUUAUAGUUACUUAUUUCCAUUCUUUUGUACCUAAGUGCAUGUAGAUACAAAUCUCUAUUGGAAUGACUGGCCUUAGGCCAGCUUUUCUUUCAUGAAGAUCAUUUUAAAAUCAAAUCAUAUUAAUAAGUAAUAAUAGUUAAUAUUCAAAAUA